CUAUCUCUUAUUUUAUGUGUUGACCUGGGUGUCUUUUUUCCGUCUUACAAGUCGCUUUAACUCAAGUCUUUCAAAACCGACUAGACUGACGGGCCGAUGGAGCAGUGGGGGGGAUCCUGUUUUCCCCGAUUUAAUUUAGGCAGAGGACAUUUCCGAGAGGGGGGGUGGAUGGAGGGAGAGAAGGGGAGAGAGCGAGAGAGAGAGAACGCGAAAGCGAAGCAGCACGCCAGUUUGCGAGCGCCGGAGCGGCCUUGUUCGAAUAAGACAAAAAAAUGAGUGACGCAAAGGGUAAUCAAGCGGUGUCCCCGAAAGGCAAGGAUGGUGUGGAGAAGAGAGGGCGAGGCAGGCCGCGUAAGCUGCCCCAGGAGACCAUUAGUUCCCCAGUUCCAAAGAGGCCGAGGGGGAGACCGAAGGGAAGCAAAAACAAGACCGCCACCAAGGCAAAGAAGGUUGCCAAAUCUGCCAAGCCUGUGAAAGCUCCGUCGGGAAAAGGCAGAGGGAGGCCGAGGAAGCAGGAAAAGGAACAGGAAUCAUCUGAGGAAGAGGAGGAUGACCAGUAAAGGAUUCAUUUUUGACUCACUACCUCAUUCAGCUUAGGCCUGUUGAUCAUAGCUGGACUCAACCUCUCAACACCACCCCCCCCCCCCAGUGAAAGGGAGGCAUGCCGUUCACACCCAUCUGCUUUUCUGCUCUAGCACUGGAAGGACCUUUUUAUACAACAUGGUAAACAGUCAACAUAUCCAUAUUUAUGUGCGUGUAUAUAGAAGAUGACUAACUGGUGACUGGCUACCCAUUGUCUUUCGUAAUGACUUAUGGAUGUUGAAAAUGGUCUUUUAUACUGGACAAAGGUCUUUUUUUUCCCCUCCCUACUUUGUGGUACGCAAAGUUUUUAAAAGACCCUUUCAGGGGAAUUAGUUUUAGAUAUGCUAUGUUAGUCUGUCUGCUUGUUCUGAUUUUAUUUCAAUUUAAUUUUUUUUUUGCGGGCAUAUUGGAUAUUUACUCCUAAGUCUCGAUGUGUGAAUGACAAGCUCUCUGAGAUUUGGGAUUGGCUGUGGUUUUACAAUUUGAUUCUUUUAUUUUGUUAUGGUCAAGAUGACGUAGGACUGGGGUCACCUGAUCUGUUCCUCAGCGGAUGGUUCAGUAUUUUUAUUGUGGGAAUGUAAAUCACUGGAUUCACUAUGGAGCUCUGCUAGUGGGGAUUGACUAUACGCAGCUGACUUGUUUACCCGGAGUUGACGGCUAGGUUUUGUUUCAGGUUAUAUUGAGAAGCCGAGUGUCCCUCGUCGUUCAGUGAAACGUGUAACUGCACUAGGAUCAUUCAUUUUGCAUGAGAGUCAAGGUGUUGUGUAGGAUUGAGUGUUUGCUAUUUUCUAUGGUUCUCUCGACUCUCUUGGUGUUUCCUGAACUUAAGUGUGAAGUGAAAGCACUGUCCCAUCACGUCUUUGGUUUUUAGGACGUUUAGCAGACUUGGUUCCACAUUGACUGGCCCUGCCAUCUUCUCUGCUUUGUGUCUUGAUGUGCUGGGCUGCUAUCAAAGAUGCUCUAGUGUCAUCAGUAGCUUCUUUACGCUCCUGAGUGCAGCCGUCUGACCUGUGUGCUUAGUAGGAAUAUGAGGUUGUUGUAAGAACUGGAGGAGCUCAUGUCUGCAGGCAGUGCUGCUUCCUGAUUGGAGAUGUGGAAGAUGUGAGAUGAGAUUAAAUCUGUGGAGGCUUUGCCAGUGAACCUAGUGGAUGGUCCGUUUUUGCAGAACGAGGAACACGUGAAUCUGCAAGAUGAGCAGACUACCUUCAGCUUUGUCACGUUGUGGUGUGGGCUCGGGUCCGUGUCGACCUGGAGAGAGCAUACUGAAGAAAGCUCUCCUGUUUCACUGCCUGAACACUUCCUGCUGAAGCCCUUAGAUUUACUCUGCGUUGGUUGAUUGUCAUGGAUGCCCUCCCUUUGCAAGUGGGGGGGGGGGGAGCAGCAGUCUGUUUCUCAGUAUUUCAGUUCGCCGUACAUUACAGGUUUUUUUUUUUUACUUCUCUAGUCCUCGCAUGACUCUUGUGUCCCAAUUCUAUGGGCCCCCAACCCCCCCUCCCCCUCCCCACACAAAAUGCUGGUCCGUCACUUUUUGCCAGACAUACUGCUAUUGGACCUCCAAGGUCCUUCACAUACCUCAUGACAAACCUCUCUGUAAGCUGGUUCAGUCCUCACGUUUUGGGGAGAGGGAGAAAACGGGGUGCCGUGUGUCGGGGGGGGGGGCAGCGCAGCCUGUGCUCUCUGUGCUGCUGCUCUGAUUUCUGUUCUUUCACGCAGAAUUCGACAUGUCCGCAUCUCCCUUCGUGCUGCUCUCGGCCUGUGCAGAGCAUUCAAAGGAGCGCGGACGCUUAAGUCAGGGAGAAAUCUAUCUUUUUGUGACGGUGGAUUUUUAUUUUCUGUAUUUUGAUGACAGUAUCGGUUAAGUACUUUUUUUUUUUUUUUUUCUUUUUAACCAGUAAUGAAAUGUUCAGUCUUGUUUCUCACAUGUAGUUGGGACAUCUUGAUUGGAAGUCCUUUCAGUUAAUCCUUUUAGUAUACAGUAGUUAAUCCUGCCCCCCACUCCCCUAAACCUAUUGAUCAUGUGACUUGCACGUCUGCUUGUCUGGAUUGGUUAGUGUUUUAGCGCCAUGUUGGCUCACGGCCGCCAUUGGUUUGAUCAUGGUCACCAGGCAUAGUGCUGAUGCUGUGCUCGUCACCUUAGAUGAAUAUGAUUUCAAUUUUUCUUUUUCUCCCCUCUUCCACCCACUCGAGUGCAUUUUACAGAAGCUGUGCUGUGCUCAUAAGAUGGCAAGUCUACUUGACUCCAUCCUCUUAACACUGCACUCUGUUGGGUGGGCGUGUUUGUUUUUAUAUCUGCUUUAGUCAUUUUCUGCCCUGUUCCCUUUGCCCUUCCUGUGGGCUUGGAUGCCUUGUACACAUCGUCUUUUAGGCUGCAUAUUAACCAGGUUUUAUACAUGGUGCAGAUGUUGCUAUUCAUGUGAAUAUUUUUUUUUCCCUACUUCUGCUGGAAUUGUAUGCCGUGUUUUUGUUUUAUGUGCGAGACAGACCACAGGUUAACACGUCUGCACCCUGUCCUUCCUCAAUCUGUACCUCCAGUUCGUGUCCUGCUGAUCGCUUGGGAAGGUUGGCUGGUUAAAGCACUGAUGUACAAGCAGGCCACGGGGACACUGGUGUGACUGGACUGGCUGAAGACCCAGUCUCCUUGUCCCAGUGGCCUUUUACCCAUUCAUCUUAAUUUUGACGUAACCCUCCUCCCGUCUGUUUAAACAAACUAAAUGGUUGACUUUUUGUAUGACAUUUUCACUGUCAGAUAUCUCUAAUGGGUUGGAAUUUGAAAUGUUCUUUUACUGAUGUGUGAAAUAAAGAAUAGCUCAUCAGCUU